AUGCCUCCUGCUAAUCACGUCGUCCUGGCUUCAGGUGCCGCAGUCGCCGUCUCUGUCGCCGUCGCCGCCGCCGUGGCCAUCUACGAGUCGCCCGAGGUCCGUCGCUACGCUGAAGAUGUCCGCCGCAAGAUUGCCGUCGCGCUCUACUCCAUGGGCGACGGCAUAAACCCGCCCCAGUCCGAGCCGCUCUUCAACCGCCCCGAAGACAUGCACGGCUUCCUCCAGUCCAGCGCCGAGCCUGGCGUCGAUGCCGACGAGGAGACGAGGCGCAGACAACGGGAGGAGCUGUUGUACUGGAAUGCUCAGAGGCUCAAGCGUGAGCAAGAGAAGCAGGAAGUGGAGGACGAGGAGAAGUCGAGGCACGACAGCGAUACCUUUGAUGGCUUUCUCGUGCGCGAUGCCACCGGCGAGGAGGGGUCCUUCGUCUACAAGACAGGCGCCGACACGGGCCUCCACCAUGAUGGUAUGCGCCAACGUGGCCAGCCCCAGGCUUCCCUCUACGCCAACCCCUUUGCCGACGAGAAUGGCAUCGGCUCCGAGGAGAUGGACGACAGCCACAUUGCCCCCACCAAGGACGAGAUGGAAGAUCUCUACAGCGCCACCACCGCCGACGAGCCACGGACACCCGCUCCCGAAUCGGUCGUCGACGUGGCGUCUAGUCGCUCCGAGACCGUGGACGCCGAGUACCCGACGGCCGGACAGGACGACGGCGCCUACGCCUCCAUCCAAGCCUGGGCGCAGAACUCGUCCCACGACCUGUACUCCCCCAUGCCCUCCACGCCCGCGCCCGCCUCGGAGCCCGAGCUGGCCAGCGACGACGGGCAGCUCACGCCCACCGACAGCAUGUCCGUCAUUGACGGCGCCGAGGGCAUCGAGGACCGCUCGCAGGACGGCGUCCUGAGCGAGAGCGACGGCAUGAUGACCCCGUCGAGCUGGUCCGAGGUCGGCAGCGUCAUCAGCGAGAGCGACGCGCCCGUGCCUGCUCCCGCGCAGCCAUAA